AUGGAUUUAUCAAAGAGUCUCAGCCAUCAGGUUAUGGACAGUCAGUUCGAUCCCGAAAGCUCAUGGAUAACUGUCAUGUGUCGCGCCUCGCGAUUUCAGAUUAGCGUGUCCCUUAAAGAUCUUCGCGGAAGCUGUUUUGAGCAAGAGUACGCCCAAAUGGUUGCCAAAGUCGAUGACAUGGACGGCGGAUCUGAUGAAGACUACGAGUCAUUGUGUAGCUGGAUGGUAGAACCAUGCGUUUCUCUCUUUCGAGAACAUACCGCACACGUACCAAAGGAUCUCACUUUCGAAGCGUUCUACUAUCCACCAACCUACCAUGUGAAGCUUGUGGUUUCUGGAUCUUCCCUUCACGCCAAGAUCACUCGAGACCGUCACACUAUCAAUCUCUACGCCCUGAUGGUCCCGUCUCGAGAUCUUCCACAGUAUCCACAAGUGUGUCGCUCAAAGGCAUCAGAUAUUCAAAUCGUCCCUGUGGUUGCCGGAACCGACGACUACAUGUCCGAAAUCCCCCAAAAAGCCAGUAUUGGCGAUGGCACAAUCAAGUUCUUUAAGCCCGCGCUCGACAAGAAGCAAAUAAUCAGAGAAAUCGAAAUGCAUGCCAUAUCCUCAAGGCCGGUUUGA